AAUUCAUAUCUUUACCUUGGCACAUCUUCCAUCUUUGGCAAGUGUGGUAAAUCAAGAACCAGCAUGCACGUCUUCUAUUUUGCACAAUGAAGCUGUCAACAACAUGGGUGCUGGUGGUGGUUCCAGCUUCCCUCCUCCUGCUGCUUCUGUUCAUGACGUUUUAUGCGGUCCCACAUCCUCUUCUGUAUUUCUGGCACCAGUAUCAUCCAUUUAUCCAGUACCUGCGCCAGAAGCAACAUUGAGGCAGAGUGGUUCAUUCAAUGUUUAUUCUAGAAGAAUAGGGAAAAGGAAGCCUCUGACGCCUGCUAAUUUACGUGGUAUGCAGUAUCCUAGCAUUAUCAAACGUAUUAAACUUCCAAGAAGAGAGCAUGAAGAUGAAGAGAGACUUGAACUUCCAAGAAGAGAGGAUUCAGAUCAAGAGAGACAUGAAAAACAAGAAUAAUUAGAAAAAUGGGCAGUGGCAAGCUUUGAUGAGAUUACAUUGGGUUUUCCAGUUCAUGCUUAGAAUUCCCAUUUUCAGAAUUCUAAAGUACAGUUAUAUUGUUCUUAGAGCUGGUUAAGCAUGUGCUCCAGAUAAAAACAUAUUGAAUUUUAUUGAACAUGCAUGGAUAAGCAUGACGGUUUUCUGCUUUCCCCAAGGCCUUGCUGCUGCACGCGUUAUAUGAAUGAAUGUUCUUGCUGUGAUUGAACCGAAGC